AUGAGAACUGAUGCUUCUCUUCAUGCGAAGAAUGCUGAGGAUAUUUUUAUUGGAAGAGUUCAAAAUGAAAAGGAUGCGCCUAUCAAAGGAAAGGAGUCACAUGGCUCUAUUUGUAAUUUGCAAGGUAGCCAACGAACGCUCACCAGAGCAGGAAACAACGAGCUAGAUUUUUCGAGCCGUUCUACUCCAAGGCCUCCCUUCAGCCAGUUCUCUCAGACCAACGAACAUAUUACUCUACCCGAGCAGCUACGGAACCCUGGCUCAAGUCCAAACUUCGAAUCAAACACUGGAAGCUUUUCUUCCGACACAGGCAAAGAGCGCCAGCUUCACACUCUACAUCCUCUUCGAAGUCUGAGCAUUGUUAGGAAGAAGAGCCAGGAUAAAAUCAAAAGUACUUUCUCGUUAGAAAGAACCAAGAGCCAAAAGUCGUCUACAGUCCUUGCUCGAGCAGGAAACUCUGAUGCUCGGGCCUCCUCAGAGCAGUUCGUGCCCUCGAAAGCUCAGAAGGGGGGAUCGCCGUCUACCCAUAGAUCGAAACACACCCCAAUUACUAUUCCCAACGUGUCUUCAACCUUUCAACACCAAGUCACUUCUGUUGAAAGUCCAGAAUCUCCAACCCCUGACAGACAGACCACAAGUGAUACUCCCUCCUCAACUUUCAGAAAGCGCUUCAGGAGGCAUCUCAACACUGUCGCUACCAAACCUCCCAGCCAGCCUACGAAGAACUGGAGCCCCUUCGACGAGCCAGAUAGAUCAUCAGGUAUCCCAUGCAGCUCCCCCUGGAUCCUCGGUAAGCCCGAAGACGAGACAGAGAGGGAGAAGCGAACAGAAUACUUCAGAGAGCAAGCGGAGCAGGAGGCCCAGAGGAGCCCUACGCCCAAUCCCCAGAACAGAACCUCACUCACGGCUUUGACAUCAUCGCUGUCAUCCCAUUCGGUCUCGUCGUAG